UUAGCAAAAUGUUAUUAAAUUUCACAUUGAAUAUAUCAAUUUUUAUUUAAAACUUAAUUUAACAUAAAAAAUAAGUUCUUACAAUUGCAAGUUGGAAAUUCCACUGCAAAAAAAUUACAAUAUGAUUAUGUUCAACCGUUUUUUAAGACAAUUAAUUAACAUAAAGCCUUUAAGAUUAAAUUAUAAUCAGCAAUGUUGUAGCAAUGUAAGAUGUGUGUCUACAGUUAAAGAUUUUCGGAAAAAGACAGAAACAUUUUYGUUUAAUGCUGAGCAGAAUAAUGAUGCUGACUCUGAUAUUUUUGGAACAUUAACUGAUAGAAUUGAAAUUAAUGAAAAAUUGGAUUCUUUACCUCCGGAAGAUGAUGAUAAAAUAGAAUAUGAUAAAGAUGAACAACACAAAAGAUUACAUAUUACUGAGUACCACAAAAUUAUUCAAGAACUCAUUAAACAACAUAAAAUUGCAGAUGCGAUAGAUGUACUUGAAACAAGGAUGUUAAAAGAUGAAAGAGCCAAACCAGAUUAUUAUGUAUAUAAUCUUUUAAUCGGUACUUGUGGUAAAGUUGGUUAUGUUCAAAAAGCUUUUCAUUUAUUUAACCAGAUGAAAAAAAGUGGCAUUAAGACUACACCGGCUACAUAUACUUGUUUAUUUAAUGCGUGUGCCAAUUCACCAUAUAAAGAUGAUGCGUUAAAGAGAGCUAAAAAAUUACAUAAUUUGAUGAGUUUAAAAUCAAUUGAACCUAACAUUUUUAACUACCAUGCAAUGAUCAAAGCCUUUGGAAGAACAGGAGAUUUAUUAACUGCAUUUUCUUUGGUUGAUGAAAUGUUGACAAAAAAAUAUAAAUUAAAAGAUGAAACAUUUAAUUUUCUCUUACAAGCAUGCAUAUCAGAUAAAGAAGCUGGUUUUCGUCAUGCCUUACUUGUGUGGAGAAAAAUGAUAUUAAAACGUGUGCGCCCUUCACUAUAUACUUACAAUCUUUUAUUAAAAUGCACAAGAGAAUGUAGUCUUGGUGAUGAGUUUGAAACACGGAAAACUAUUGGUCAAAUAAUUGGUGAUCCUCAUUUACUAACAACUGAAUCUAAACGUGAAGAAUUGAGUUCUUCAGAAAAGGAUAUACCCAAUACUUUAUUAUGUAAUGAUAAUGAAAAUAAAUUAUCUCUUAUUGAGGAGAAUAGACCAAACCUGUUAGAUACUAAACCUAAUUUUGGUAACAUUGUGGGUAUAACCGAAAUUAAAUCCCCUGAAGACAGAUUAUUAUUAUUAKGUGGUUGUUCCGGAUUUUUAAAAAAUAUGAAAACCAAUGGUAUAAAGCCAGAGGUUAAAAUAUUUACACAACUAUUGGAAGUUAUACCACCAACAUUAUCAGCUGAAAAUCUCUUAUUAAAAGAAAUUUCUAAAAGUAGAAUUAGAGUUGACAUUGAUUUUUGCAAUAUUCUAAUUAAAAAGCGAAGUCUUAGAUUUGAUUAUGAAGAAGCAAAGAAUGUAUUAAAAUUAAUCAACUCAGAAAACUUGAGUGUGGAUAUUGUAACAUUUGGUGUUCUGGCGUUGGGGUGUAAAAAUAAGAACGAAGCUAAAGACCUCAUAAAAAUAAUAGCUGAUCAUGGAUUUCGAGUGAAUGCAGAAAUUUUGGGCACAAUGUUAGCACAAGCAUGUUACCAUUUCAAUUUUGCCUAUGUAAUUUAUGUCAUGAACAUGAUCAAUCACGAAGAAAUUAAACCCAAUAAAAAAUUUAUGGAUCGUUUAAAUCGUUUUAAUAACACAAUUAAAGAUUUAAUGAAAAAAAGACAAAAUAGAGAAAAAGCGGUUCCAGAUUUUAUUCAAAGUUAUUAUUUCAAGGAAGGAUACAGGAAGUUUCAAAAUUUUUAUAAAAAAUGGUUAUUAGAAGUAAUUGUUGAUGAAGAACUACAUCCUUGGGAUCAAUUUAAAAGUCACAAAAAAUAA